AUGUUCCAGGACUGCAAACUGCUUCUAACCGAACCGCCAUUGAAUCCUAGUAGCAAUCGUGAGCGUUUAUUUCAAGUGAUGUUCGAACAAUAUGGUUUCCAUUCUAUUCAUGUCGCUGUACAGGCUGUGCUGACGCUGUACGCUCAAGGUCUCUUGACGGGUGUUGUCGUGGAUUCCGGUGACGGUGUCACUCAUAUUUGUCCCGUCUACCAAGGUUAUGCUUUGCAUCAUUUGACGCGAAGGCUUGACAUUGCUGGACGAGAUAUCACUCGAUAUUUAAUUAAGUUAUUAUUGUUGCGUGGGUACAAUUUCAAUCAUUCUGCUGAUUUUGAAACCGUACGAUUAAUGAAAGAGAAAUUGUGCUAUGUGGCAUAUGACGUUGAACAAGAACAAAAACUUGCCCUUGAGACGACUGUUCUAUCGCAAACGUAUACGCUUCCCGACGGACGCACAAUUCGACUGGGUGGUGAGAGAUUUGAAGCGCCGGAGAUUUUGUUCCAGCCACAUUUGAUAAAUGUCGAGAAACCGGGACUGUCAGAGACGCUUUUCGGAUGCAUUCAGUCCAGUGACAUCGAUACGCGCCUUGAUUUCUACAAGCAUAUUGUAUUAUCUGGUGGAUCAACAAUGUAUCCUGGAUUACCGAGUAGACUUGAGAAAGAGAUGAAGCAGUUGUACCUGGAUCGUGUUUUGAAAGGAAAUACAGAUUUGUUCCAGGUGAGAUCCUUCUUCCUUUGUACGAUGCUUAGAAUGUUUUGA